CUGACAACACAACUCCUACACAAAGCAACUCGGAAUAGAGUAAUACAAAAAAAACAGCGGAGCCAUUGAAGUAGCCUACAGAAAAGACUUCAUGCAGACUCAGAAAUAAGUUAACUUUUUCACUGAAUAGACUAGUGAGGCUCACUGAGUCCCACAGUCUCCACAACUUUUUUUUGUCAACCUGUGAGCACCACGGACAGGGGAAAGGGGAUUUGGGGAAUUGUAAAACAUUUUCAAACACGUGAGACAGCACUGACCGACAGCACAGGGAUGUCUGUCCACGCGUCCUGGCUACCAGUACCGCUGCUGGUGUGGGGACUAGUGUGUACCUCAGUGCGCACUGCCCCGUUUGCGGGUAGGCAGACCGACACUACAGAGCGCCAUUGGGAAACCCUCUACUCUCGCUCACUGGCUCGAAACCCAUGGGAAAAAAGAGAAAUCAACCGAGACGGUGACUAUCUUACAGGCAUCAAAAGACUUCGGCGUCUAUACUGCAAUGUCGGCAUUGGGUUUCAUAUUCAAGUUUUACCAGACGGAAAGAUAACUGGAAUACAUAACGAAAAUAGAUACAGUCUCCUUGAGAUAUCACCUGUGGAGAGAGGGGUUGUGACGCUCUUUGGCGUCCGAAGUGGUAUGUUUCUGGCCAUGAACAGCAAAGGGAAGCUCUAUGGAUCUGGUCAUUACAAUGAUGAGUGCAAGUUCAAGGAGAAUCUCUUGGCAAAUAACUACAAUGCUUAUGAGUCAGCAGCUCACGCAGGGAUGUAUAUUGGACUGAGUAAGACAGGCAAAACCAAAAAAGGAACUCGAGUUACACCAGCGAUGACAGUGACACACUUCUUACCGAGGAUCUGAAUGACUCCAAUGAGACUGUACCCUCAACAAGGGUAGAGGAGAGAGACUGGAAAACAAUGCACUUUCAAAUGGUUUUCUAGAGUGAGAUAUUUAAGUUAUUUAUUUAUGAUUCCUGAGAAUGUUUAUAUUUUGGGAAAGUGGAGUAAUGUAGAAAGAGGGGAUGAAUAAUGACAAUUGUUUUGUUUUUGCUGCUAUGUGUCUUCAGAUGAGUGCUUUUUUUUAAGAGUAAAAUUGAUUUUGCACUUUUUUUUAAAGAACUGUUGCGCAGCAAAGGUUGUGCAGUAAGCAUUGUUAUCCUACUUGUACUACUUGGAAAGCAAUUGGAGACCCACAUUUGUCCGAUUUGUGUCUCGGCAUCAAAAAGGAAGAUGAUGAUGACACGUCCAAACCAUUCAGUUCAGUACUGGUCCCAUUAUUUUUUCAUUCCUAAUUGAUUUAGUGUUUUACUACCUCAUUAUGGAGCUGCAAGGAGGGAUUGUGUUGUUGCUGUUGUCUUGUCUUUCUGAGCAUGACGUACAGUAUGACGCAACCACACUUCUACACUUUACAAUUCACCCGACACUGGAUAUCACUGAGGAGAUUGAAUAGAAAAGAACCCAAUCAGAGAGAGGGAAUCGGAGUUCAGAUUAGCACAUCUGUUAACCCUGGUCUAAGUUUUAACUAUAUUUUUGUUGUGUGCAUGUCUGGUUAAAACUCUUUUCAUAAAUAACAAAUGCACACACAAAUGACUGGACCCUCUACUGCCACAUUAGUGAUUAUUAUAACUUUAUAUACAUACAUAAAGUUAUCUAUGACAUUGUCACGUUGUAAGGUUUCCUGUAUUUCAAAUAUAUGUCUUGUUGUACUCAAUGCCUGGUAUGUGCAAAUUAAACGAAGAAGAAUGUAAUUUCUUGUUUGGCACAGCGGAUGCAGAAAAUGUACAUAUACUGUAAACUGAAACAGGGCUCUAUUCAGUCUGUAUCGCUGAAGCAUUACAAAUUAGGAUCUUCAUUUGAGCCAGUUUGUUACAGCAGGACAAUGAUCCUGCAGCAAUGAACAUUUUUGUAGGUGUUGAUGCAUUGUUCCUAAGGGAACUUCAGAAGACUUUUUCAACCUCAAAUAUGCUAAAAGUUUCAAAUGUCUUACAUUGCAGGAAAGGGUGGUCAAAUUAAGAUUCUACAUCUCUAUGCAUUGUUUAAUGUGAGUGCAGUCUCCGUUAACACGGGAACAUUGCUUUUAAAUUUCUGAACUUCCGUGGUACGGAUUGAAUAGAGCAGUAGAUGUGUUUCUUACUGUGGUCAUUAAUAUUAUCCCCUGUGAUAUUCUGCGUUCGGUUCACAAUUAUGUUAUGUCCCCUUAUGUUAUGCAUUUCAUGUAGCCUAUACAGUAUGUAUCAACAUUAUGUCUGUAGUUUUAUACAGGUCCUGUUCAACAUUACGGUGUAUGUGCUGUGCAUAUUA